AAUGCCUUGGGCAAUGAUGAUGAUGCAGAUGAUGAAAGGUGCUAAAAAGAAAGCGGCGCCAGCAAUGAUGUGUUGUCCUCAAAUGAUGAUGCCCCAAAUGAAAGCACCUAAAAUGAAAGCACCCCAAAUGAUGUGCUGUCCGCAAAUGAUGAUGCAAAUGAAUGGAGGAUGGCCAGCUAAAGCUGCCAUGAGUGGUUGUAUGAUGAAUGGAGGAUGGCCCGCUCCUGCAAUGAUGAUGAAAGCAUGGCCUUCUCCUCCUGCAAUGAUGAUGGGCUGCCCUCCAGGUGGAUGGCCUGACGAAGAAGAAGAAGAAUACGAAUAUGAAGAUGAAGAAGCAGGUUGGGACACUAAGCAUAUGCCAAGCUACAGACUCCCCGAUGCUACAAGACAUAAAAGGGGCGAUGAUUAUGACGAUCUACAUCACAGUGACAGCCGCUUUAAGAACUAUCGAAUUAAAAAGAGCAACAAGCCAUCUGAUCUCAAGGUUCAUGGCAACCACCACCUUCAUCAUUCACAUAUACGUAGUAUUGAAUAUGAGUUCGAACUCUGGUAAUAUUUGAACUAUACAUCACUGAUUAUUGAAUCAGAUGCUGUAGAAACAAUAUAUGGCCAUAGUGAGAUAAAAAUAUAACUGAUUAUAUUGCCAUGGCAAAAAAGACUUGUAAUAAUGACUGUAUUAGUGGAAUGUUUUAUUAAAAGUAAUAUGAAUCUCAUAGUAGAUCGGAAUUGGAACAUGAUGUGGUUAAAUUUCUAUAGCAUAAAAUGAUUAGAAUAAUUGGAAUUAGUGACUGAAAAACAAUAAGUCACGAUAACUCUAUGAUUCUGAGGUAGAACUAAACGACGUAUAAUUCUCAGGUGGAAAUGAAUGAUGUUACGAUUCUAGAUACGUUAUGAAACUGCUCAAAUGUAGCAGAAUAUUUACUUUUUAAUUGGUUUUCCGAGGAAAACUGACUCUAAAAGAGGCAUUUAGUGUCUUCUGGAUGUAUCAUACGAAAGAUCUUUUUGUCUUUUACUCUUCAAUUACCUACUUUCGAUAAUUUCUAUCUCUAGAAUAAAAAUGAAUAAUUAAAAGCAAUUUGUGACUCUGCUUUUCAGAAUAAACAGAUGUAUUUUAGAAAUAAUCACAAAUCUUUAACAAAUUUCAGUUAAAUAGCAUUUGCUUAAAAGUAAAUUCGGAUAAAAAUAGAAAAAAAAUUCCAAACCUGUUCUUUUUCUAAAAUAAUGGAAGCUUUAUUUUUCCAAGAAUUUAGAAUGUAGUAUGCUGUUAGCAAAAUGUGACAAUGAAAGAUCAGCUUACAACCAAGGUAUUACAACCAGGUAAUAACAGAACAACAAAUCUCAAGAUUUAUUCUUCUCUCAAAAUAAUGGAUGCUUUCUUUUUACAAGAGUUUUAGAUUGCAGUCUGAUCUUAGUAAGUUCAGCUCACAAUAAGGAUAGCUUCUCUCAUACAUUACGAAUACCUUUUAACCAAGUUACAAGUUUUGCAUUCAAUGGCUACUAUUAUUGACAGAAUUAGACUUCAAUCUCAGAGUAACAAGUGCUGGAAAAUUACAAAUUCCGACAGAAAAGAAAUUUCAGGAUUGUUAAUGUAAACAACGUUAAGAUCUUUACCUUACAGGACAUCCAAGCUUUCUAACUUCCGCACGUAUUUUAAACUAUGCCAUAAUUAUUUAUGUAUUUCAUUAAUAUUUUGACAUCUAAUAACAUAUAUAUAUGGAAAUCAUUAAAGAAAUAAUUGUCCUUGAAGCUUUCAGUUUCACAAGCAGUUAAUGUAAAAAAACGUAACUUCUCUAUAUUUGUAAUAAUUACUUUUACAGUUUCAAAGGGUGAAAUUUAAACAGGUGUUAUGUUCUACACUCAUGUGCAGUAACACUGUGUUUGUGAAUUAUGCUUU